AUGUCCUCCAUAACAAAGAUUCUCAAAAACGAGACGCUCUCAUCGGUCCUGAAUACAGAAAAAUCCAGCAACGGCGAAGUAAAACGGCUUCACCAUAUCCCACGGCCCGCAAUCACAGAAGCAGAGCGACAAUGGAAACUCGGCCAGAUGACAGUUGCCUUUCGCGUAUUCGCGAAACUCGGAUUCGCCGACGGGAGCAGCGGACACAUUAGCUUACGCGAUCCUAUCGAGCCCCAGAAUUUCUGGGUCAACCCGUACGGAGUAUCAGACAUGGUCCGCAUCGAUGAAAACAGCAUUCGCGUAGAUGGUGCCGACAAAUCCGUCAACACCGCUGGAUUCAUGAUCCACUCCGCUAUUCACCAGCGACGACCUGAUAUCCAUGCCGCAUGCCAUAUGCAUAGUCCCUACGGGAGGGCGUGGAGUACAUUCGGGAAACCGAUCAAUAUUAUCAAUCAAGAUUCCUGCAUGUUCUUCGACGACAUUUCAGUCUACCCAGCAUUCGGCGGCGUGGUAUUCACACAAGAAGAAGGCCAGCAAAUUGCAAGCUACCUCAGUCCUAAGAAUAAAAAUCUGAUAAUGCAGAAUCAUGGCCUGCUUACGGCCGGUGGAACGGUCGCGGAAGCAGCGGCUUUUCUCAUCGCGAUUGAACACGCGUGUCAAGCACAGCUCUCGGUGGAAGCUUCUACUGCGCCGGGCUCGCUUGGGGCUGUUUCGAGUGAGCUGAAGAAGUCUUUUGUUGAUUAUGAGACUGCUGUGUAUACCAAGAAAGGCACGGGCUCGCCGGAAGCAAUGUAUAUGCAGGUUGAGCCGUAG